GUGACAUCGGUGCCAGAUGCGUGUUGCGUAAUGUGAUCCUCAUCUUCACUGAAUUCCAAGGUCCAACUUCAGUUAGUGAUCUGUAACAGCCAAAGAGGGACCGGUUGUCUGUUCUUUCUGACCGGACCAUCAGAUCUACAAAGACUAAAGAUGGGCGACUGGGGAUUCUUGUCAAAGCUCCUGGACAAGGUCCAGUCCCACUCCACCGUGGUCGGGAAGAUCUGGAUGAGCGUCCUGUUCCUCUUCAGAAUCAUGGUUCUGGGUGCCGGCGCCGAGAACGUGUGGGGCGACGAGCAGUCGGGGUUCAUCUGCAACACUAAGCAACCUGGUUGCGAGAACGUGUGCUACGACUGGACCUUCCCCAUCUCGCACAUCCGCUUCUGGGUCCUUCAGAUCAUCUUUGUCUCCACGCCGACGCUGGUCUACCUGGGCCACGCCAUGCACGUCAUCCACAAGGAGAACAAGCUGAGGGAGCUGCUGUCGAGCCCCGGCGGCACCCGGCUGCUCAAGGUGCCCAAAUACACGGACGACAAGGGCAAGGUGAAGAUCAGGGGGAACCUGCUGGGAAGCUACCUGACUCAGCUGGUGGUCAAGAUCCUCAUUGAGGCUGCCUUCAUAGUGGGCCAGUACUACCUGUAUGGCUUCGUGAUGGUCCCCAUGUUCCCCUGCUCCAAGAAGCCGUGUCCCUUCACCGUGGAGUGCUACAUGUCUCGACCCACUGAGAAGACCAUCUUCAUCAUCUUCAUGCUGGUGGUGGCCUGCGUCUCUCUGCUCCUCAACGUCAUCGAGAUGUUCUACCUGAUCUGCACCAGGGUCAGGUGCGGCUCCAGGUCUCACGGCCGCAAGGUUACGUCGGCAGAGAACCCCGCCCGCCUGUCAUCGCCAACAUGGCCGACCGCGGAGGACGCCCUGAGGCAGAACAAGAUGAACAUGGACCUAGAGAGCAGCCAGAGCAUCGCAGGAAGCCUGGACGGCGCCAAAGAGGAAAAACGGCUGAUGAGCGGCCAAUAGGCCAAUAGGCUGCGUCACCAUGGAAACCUGCUGAACAUGCUUGAUUGUCUUUGUGCGUCCUUCAGAUGUGUCAAAGAGACUCAUGUAGAUUUAUUUCAGUGUGCACACAUUAUGACAGGGGGCUGAAAGCUCUGUUCAAAUUCAUUUUUUAUUAUGUGAUGGAAAAAAUGAUGCUGAAAAAAAUACAACACUGACGACGUAUUUAUGUUCCCAAGAUAAAAAUAAUUUGAACUUGUCUGCUUAACUUAUUAUCAUAUUCACUAUCUAGGACUUACAAUAAUGUACAUAUUGAUUGCUGAUGAUGAUUAAAGUGAAGUGCUUCUAUUGUAUAUGAUGCUCUGUAUGUAAACUUUUUUAUGCUGUGUUGUGUAAUAGGGAAAUAAAUAUUUCAUGAAUAAUUA